GACAUAGUACCAGGUGAGGCUCAUUGGAAGAUAGGCACGUGCGAGAACGCCAUCAAGGGUGUCAAGAGUGUCAUGGACAAAUUGAGCUUGUAUGACACGGAACUGAGCCCUCGCGAAGCCCUGGCAGAAGCCGUAGCCUCUUUCAAUCACAAGGAGCUGAUCCGAGGAUUCUCGCCUGCGCAGCACAUCUUGGGACAGGCCCCAGAUGAGACAGGACGAUUUCUGGCGGCUAGCCAGCAGUUGCCACCUGAUCUCCAGGGUGAAUUUGCUAGGUCGGUCAAACUCAGGGCUGAAGCAGAGAAAGCCCAGAGUGAUUGGAGUGCCGAGCAGCGCAUACAACGUGCACUACAUUCACGACACCGCCCUUGCUUCAAUUACCGUCCAGGUGAGCUCGUGUUUUAUUGGAGAACACAAGAGGCCAAUAAGAGCAGGCGCCAACCUGGUGGGAAGCAUGGCCGAUUCCUGGGCCCCGCGAGAAUUCUCGCCACCGAGUCUCGCACCGAGGAGGAUGGAACUAUCCGCCCGGGGGGGGCCAUUUGGCUGGUGAAAGGCCGGUCUCUCCUGCGCAGAGCAGUUGAGGUUCCAUGGAGUUUCCAUGCCGUGGCAGAGCAGAUUGGCGGAAACCGGUUCGCAGACAUCACUGCAGAGGUGCCGGAGGUACAGGAAUGGCAUCGAGCUCAGAACCCACACGUUUUCGUUUCCGCACCAAGCGUCCGGCAGAACAAGCUCUUGAACCUCUGGAGCAGGGGUUUCGAGAAGACCUCAUGGAGGAUGAUCCGGGAGAACAAGGAUCCUCACGGCUACUGGAAUGAACCAGGAGCAGCAGUGGCCAUUGAGAUUCCCAUGCCCGAGACCAACCGAGGCAGUAAAAAGGCAUGGGAGGACUUGGGUGCAUACUUCACUGGAAGCUUGAAGCGCCGAGCAGUCGAACUGUCAGAAAAGAAGAUGACAAAUGCAGAGCGGGAGGAGUUCCGGGGGGCAAAGGCCACAGAAGUGAAAAACUUCAUAGCCUCCAAUGCCUUCCACAUUCUGCCGGAUCAUUUGAAGCCAGACAGAAGCCAAGCUAUCCACAUGCGGUGGAUCCUGACGUGGAAACUCCGGGAUGAUGGCACGAGGAAACCAAAAGCUCGGGCCGUCCUCCUGGGCUAUCAGGACGAAGGCUACGCCCACCGGGCAACCACAUCACCAGUGAUGACGAGACAGAGCCGACAGCUCUUGCUCCAGCUUGCCGCGUGGAAACGCUGGUCAGUGAAGAAGGGAGAUGUUACCGGAGCUUUUCUUCAAAGCAGAGAGUAUCCUGACAAGUUGGUUUGUGUGCCGCCAGAAAUUUGUGAAGCGUUGAACAUUGCACCGGGCAGUAUCACUCAAGUCCGUCGUGCAUGCUACGGCUUGGUGGAUGCACCGCUCGAGCGGUGGAGAUCAGUGGAUACCUCUCUUCGGUCUCUAGGGUUUGAGCGCAUGUGGGCUGACUCCUGUUGUUGGGUCCUCCGACAAGAGGGGGUCCUGAGAGGGGUCAUCAGUGGGCAUGUUGACGACUUUUUGUUUGCAGGAAAAAGUGGAGAUCGCGUCUGGGAGUCCAAACUUGAGGCCAUUAAGACCCAGUAUAAAUGGGGAGAUUGGGAAGAAGGGAAGUUUACUCAGUGUGGUGUUGUUGUUGAGCAGACCCCGGAAGGCUUCGAACUUUCUCAGCCUCACUACCUUGAUAGGCUCCAUGAAAUAGGCCUCAAUGCGACCCGCCGCAAAGAUAGAAGUAGCCCCACUAGUGAACGAGAACGAACCCAACUCCGUGCUCUGUUAGGAGGCCUAAGCUGGCACGCUCAACAGGUGGCGCCUUACCUCGCAGCAGAAGUAGGGAUGCUCCUGACUGAGGUAUCUCGCAGCACAGUGGAGACCAUCAUCAAGGCCAACAUCCUUCUCAGCCAGGCGAAGGGCAAGAGUAGCUAUAAGAUGAAGAUCCAUAGCUUCAGUGCCGAGGACCUCUUGACCUUGGUUGCUUGGGUGGACGCAGGCAAUGCCAACCGCAGUGAUGGCGGUUCGACUCAAGGGAUCUUUGUGGGAAUGUCCACUCAAGCCAUCCAUGCAGGUGAAGUGUGUGGUGUGAGUCCCAUAGCAUGGCACUCCCAGAAGAUUGACAGGACGUGCAGAUCUCCGGGUGCGGCCGAAGCUCAGGCGGCAAUCAAUGGAGAGGACAGCCUGUACUAUGCCAGAUUCCAGCGGAGCGAGUUUCUCUAUGGGAAGCCUGACCUCCAUCGACCGGAUGAGCAUGUGAAAAAGACCGGUGGUUGUCUGGUCACAGACAGCAGGAACGUGUACGACAAGCUGGAUACCGAGAUGCUUGUGGUCAAAGGGGCUGAGAAACGGACCAACAUUGAGUUGUUGGCCUUGAAGGAGGCACAAUGGAACACAGGUGUGAACCUACGCUGGGUCCACAGUGAGGCUCAGCUCGCCAACUCACUCACGAAAAGCAAUGGUCAUAGGGAGUACGAGAUGUACGUCCGCAUGGGGCAUCAAUGGCGCCUCAUUGAGGAUGAAAACAUGAUGUCAGCAAAGCGCCGCAAGGAGAAGGGCCUGAAACCGCUUGAGCAGGGCAUGCUUCCAGAAAGGGUUAAGUCCAUCUCAGAGUGA